GGCGAGGAGGAGGAGGGGCAGGAGGGUUUGGUUGAGCUGCAGCUGUUUGUCUGUUCGACACAGGCUUGGGCCCGACGGGGGAGACGGAGCCCCAGGACUGUUGAAGCCUGGAAGUCCCCUCCCCUUCCCCCUCCCCCCCUUGCCGCUUUGUGGCAUCCCCCUCCCUCCACCCUUUCCUAUUCUGAUAAUCUGGCCAUGACUAGCAGGAGCACAGCCAGGCCCAAUGGGCAGCCCCAAGCCAGCAAAAUAUGCCAGUUCAAAUUGGUCCUGCUGGGGGAAUCUGCAGUGGGGAAAUCUAGCCUGGUAUUACGUUUUGUCAAAGGGCAGUUCCAUGAAUACCAGGAGAGCACCAUUGGAGCGGCCUUCCUCACCCAAUCCAUUUGUCUAGAUGAUACAACAGUCAAGUUUGAGAUCUGGGACACAGCUGGACAGGAGCGAUAUCAUAGCUUGGCCCCCAUGUACUACAGGGGUGCUCAAGCUGCAAUUGUGGUUUAUGACAUUACUAAUCAGGAAACCUUUGCCAGAGCAAAGACAUGGGUGAAGGAACUACAGCGACAGGCCAGUCCUAGCAUCGUUAUUGCCCUGGCAGGGAACAAAGCUGACCUGGCCAACAAGCGCAUGGUGGAAUAUGAAGAGGCCCAGGCAUAUGCAGAUGACAACAGCCUAUUGUUUAUGGAGACUUCAGCCAAGACAGCUAUGAACGUGAAUGAUCUCUUCCUGGCAAUAGCUAAGAAGUUGCCAAAGAGUGAACCCCAGAAUCUGGGGGGUGCAGGAUGCCGAAGCCGGGGUGUGGAUCUCCAUGAGCAGUCCCAGCAGAACAAGAGCCAGUGUUGUAGCAACUGAGGGAGUGGCUAGCAGCAAACAAGUAUGGAGCUAGCACGAGAGCUAAGAAAUAACCUCCAUCCCUACCCUUCAGCACACAGCCCCUAUGGUAACAGCACACUGAGCCCUGGCUCCCAAGGGCUGCCUCUUGACAGCUCCGUCAUGGCACUUUUUAAUGCUUCAGCAACCAACACCAGGCAGCUGUUGCCACUGGCCUCCUACCCCCUACUCUGGGGCUUGGGGGUCAGAUACCCCCAGGACUUACCUUCCAAAAGAAACUUUCUUCAUUUUGUAUUAUAGGUGCAAGACAGUGACCUACUUAUCUUUCCUCCUCCUUCCUAAUGUUCCCCAUUUUUUCAGAAAACACUUUGUCUCCUGCCCCUCCCCUUCUGCUUUUGGUCAAUCCCUGUUCUUGAUCCCCUUGUCCUCUUCUCCCCAGGAUGGAAAAAGUGGUGAACCCAGGAACUGAGGAAUGAGGUUUCCAGAUCAGUCACAUAAAAGGGCCCUGGGGGAGGGAGAGUAAGGCUUACAGCAGGAAGGAGUAAGGAAACACUUUUUUUUCUUUUUACUUGGUUGGAGUUUCUCAUAUUUGAAAAUACUGCAAUAUCCAUGAGUUGGCCUUGUGGAGGGUGUUUCUAGGUAGAGAUGAGACUGGGAAGGCAAGCUCUCUGGCACCAGGUUGGAGUCCUGUUGAGUUAGCUGGGUGGAGGCAGGGGAAGUGGAGUGCAGUGUCAUCUGUUGCUCUGGAACUCAUCCAAGGCCUGGUUUCCCAUCACCCAAGCUCUUAGGUAGCUUCUCCCACAUGGUGGGGGAUUGGAUCCCAGAGUCCUCCAAAGAAACUUCAUUGGUUGCCUGCCUUUUGGGGUCUGCUGUGAUCUGACUGGAGGAGGGACCAGUUUCUGAUACCCAUCUUCUGAUUUAUACAUAUGCAUUUUUUCCUCUGGCCUUUAGAUGGCUUCAGCCCCAGUCACCGUAUCCCUCUGCAGUUUGCACUUUAAUUGAUAGUAGUUCAGAUGGGAUACUUGUUUUAUGGGGGUUGAUUGAUUUACUCAUCCCCCUACCUUCUUUUUAAUUAAAUGGAUCCUGAGGUAUAUAUGAGGUUUGAGGAGGGCUGUAGAGAACAAAAGCAGUGGCAGCUGCAAGCCCAGUCUCCACUGCUAGCUUCCUCCAACUCAGAUUCUUCACUUAUAUUCUAGCCAACCUAGCUCUUCAGUAAAAGUUGCCUUUCCUGGAGAAUUAACUGAUGAACUGGGGAGUCGUCUCAGGAUAGUGUAGGCCAAGACAGGGGAGUGAGAAGGAGCCAGGCAAGAGGGGAGAGUUUUCACUCUUUUUCUAGGGUUCACAUUCAACUUGGUAUCCAUUACCAUGUCUAUUUUACUUGCCUGUAAAGAGGUGUGAUCUUAUUUCCCCGGUACAGUCUGUUCUGUCCCCACUUGCCAUCAGGCCUUACUUCCUUUCUCAUUUUUAGUCUUCAGUUUAGUCCCCAUUCCUACACCCCAUGCAUCCAGUUGUUUAAUCCACGUACCACUAGGGGCUAGUACCACAGAGGCCUAUUUGUGGCCCCCUUACAUCAUACCACCUAUUCCUGUGGACAGGGAAUAACUAGCACUGAAGGCACCCCACAGCUGUCUGAUAUCAUUAGAGGGCUUUGAUCCUUUUUAGAUCUCUAGCCUCUCUUCAUAUCUCUUAUCAGGUGUUUUUAGGAUGUCUGUGGAAAGGCAUCAAGGCAAGAGAGAACUCUGGGCUCCUUGUUCCAGCCCAGAGUUUUGGGAAAAUUGGGGGACAAAAGAUAGGAAAGGCCACAGUGACCUAAGAUUGAAACUUUUCUGCCCUUUUGACUUGUAGACUUCCUUUUGUUGCAGAGUAGCUGAGAAACCCAGUUUAAGUUCUUCCACUUAGGUCUCAAUUCCUUCCCUUUUCCAGGGGCAGCCUUAGUUCCCGUGGCCCUGAAAUGCACACACCUUUCCUUUCCCUUUCCAGAACCCACUAGCCCCCCACCCCCACCCCACAAAAGCAUCCAGUACAUCCUUUUUUUACAAGUGGAGAAACUAGAAUGGCUUUCUUAAGUCUGUUAGAAAUGAAGCUCUGUGGAGCUUUCCCCAUGGAACAGGAGCAAAGAUGUUUCACUGCCUUGGGGCUGGAAAACCAUUUUCCCAGGCUUCUUCCUUCCCUCUCCUCCCCACCACCCUAAUUCUUCCUUAGGAACAGGAUUGGCCUUAGCUUCUGGGCCUAUCUGCUGUCUUCCCUCUGUCUCCUACCAGCUCUUCAGCUUUCCUUUGAGCUCUGUUGGACUUUGGGGAUCUUAGUUUUUUAUUUCCCAGCUCUUCAUUUUUUUUCUUCUGGUCAGUUUUUUUUAGGGGGGGAGGGUGUCUUUUUCUUUUUUUUUGCUUCUAAGAAAGCAUUUGCCUUUUUCCCCCUUUUUCCCUCUUCCAACAUAACAAUCGUGGUAACAGAAUGCGACUGCUGAUUUACCGAUGUAUUUAAUGUAAGUAAAAAAGGAAAAAAAGAAAAGUG